GCCGGCCCCAGCAGCCGGGGACGUUCGCCGGGCUCCAGCAGGUGCACGCUUUGUCUCUGCCCGCGUCCCUGAGGGUGUUUCCACCCACGCCCAGGCUGCGGGCGGGGACCGCUCGGCCCUCCCCAGCCCGCACCCGCAGGUGGAAAUCACGACCCAGAAGGGCAGCAUGAAGCCGGUGAAGAAAAACAAAGCGGAAGAACCUGAAUUGGAGCCCCUGUGCUGCUGCGAGUACAUAGAUCGAAAUGGGGAAAAGAACCACGUGGCUGCUUGUUUGUGUGAUUGCCAAGAUCUCGAUGAAGGGUGUGAUAGAUGGAUCACAUGUAAGUCCGUGGGGCCAGAGACCUGUGAAAGAAUCAUGGAUACAAUCUCUGACCGCCUCCGAAUUCCUUGGCUCAGGGGAGCCAGAAAAGUUAACAUUAGCAUCCUCCCCCCACUCUUCCUGCUGCCUGUCUUCCUCCGCGUGGCUUCCUGGCACUUCCUCCUGGGGGUGGUGGUUUUGACCUCCCUCCCUGUGCUGGCUCUGUGGUACUACUACCUCACUCACAGAAGGAAAGAACAGACUCUGUUUUUCCUGAGCCUCGGACUCUUCUCUCUGGGCUACAUGUACUACGUGUUCCUGCAGGAAGUGGUCCCCAAAGGGCGUGUGGGGCCCACCCGGCUGGCUCUCCUGACCUGCGGGUUAUUUCUGAUACUCCUCGCCUUGUACAGAGCCAAGGGCAAUCCAGGCUACCUCAGACACCCAGCGAGCAAUGACAGGUCUCCAAGCGGCAGCCAGACUGAGUGCUUGAUCAGAAAAGGGCCGGACAAGACCAAAGGGUUCCCUGGCGCGGACCUGUCGGGCGGUCUCAACAACCGCAUGCCCAAGGACGAGGUCAAGGGCUCCUGCAGGACAGCGGCUGGCAGCCCCGCCAAGGUGAAGGAGGACUGGUGUGCCAGGUGCCAGCUGGUGCGGCCGGCCCGGGCGUGGCACUGCCGGAUCUGCGGCGUCUGUGUGAGGAGGAUGGAUCACCACUGUGUCUGGAUAAAUAGCUGUGUCGGAGAAUCAAAUCAUCAAGCAUUUAUACUUGCCCUUUUGAUCUUCCUGCUCACCUCGAUGUACGGGAUAACACUGACCUUGGACACCAUUUGUAGAGACAGAAGUGUCUUCACAGCUCUCUUCUAUUGCCCUGGAGUUUAUGCAAAUUACAGCUCGGCUCUGUGCUUCACCUGCGUGUGGUACUCUGUGAUCAUCACAGCGGGCAUGGCCUACAUCUUCCUGAUCCAGCUGAUAAACAUCAGCUACAAUGUGACCGAGAGGGAAGUGCAGCAGGCCCUUCGGCAGAAAACGGGGCGCCGGCUGCUCUGCGGGCUCGUCGUGGACACAGGCCAGUACAGUCGGGGCUUCCUGCGGAACUGGCACCAGUUCUCCACCCUGGGCACACACCCCUUCCACCACCCUGCUGAGGACAUUGUCUGAAGUGCCUUCUGUGCGGCUCCGGGGUGGCUCCCCGCUCUGCUCCCUUGCAUCGUGCACUUCAGUACACGCAGGAUGCUCGCGUUUAUCCCCAGUUUCUUAAAGGCAUUUAGGGCCAUGCUCAGGUUUAGACACUGGACUGGGAAGAAAUUAAUUUUUCUGACUUCACAACUUAAGAGAUUUUUAUAUUGAAGCAGUAAAAGUAGAGCCAUUCCUUUCCAGUCACCUUAUUAACUAACUCAGUCACCGGAAGUUGAAAGGGUGUGAUUGCUGAUGCACAAAUUGAUAGAAGCAGUUCCCAUUCAUUAGUAUGCGGGGGGGGGGGGGGGGCUUUGCAUUAGGGUGGUUCUAGUCUCUUUCAAUUCCUAACAGCCAUGUGACCCUUAGUUGAGUCACUUCCCCAAGUCUCAGGUUUAUCUGUCACAUGGGGUUCUGAUGCCUGCCCUGGUACCUCACGGAGUGGCUGGGGGUGGGGGGGGUAACGCGAGGGUCACGUGAGGGAUGAGGUGUGUGGAAAGCGCUGAAAAACGACUAGAGCACCAGAGAGGCAUGAAGUACUAUUAGGAGAAUCCUAAGACUGGAAAAAAUGUUUGUAGGCCAGAACACUGAAGCCAAUAUUAUUAGAGUAAUCCAUUUUCAGCAUUUCAGUGAAAAAAAAUCCCCAAAUACCAUGUUGUACAGUUCUGGGAACUUCUGUUUCUGAAGUAUUAGACAUUAACUACUCAAAGAGGGUAGAAGAUGACCAGGUGGAUUUACGCUGUCGUCUCAUCUUGGAAGGACAGUUGAUAAUAAUUAUAAUUAUUGCUAGUAUAAUGUACAGUGAGUGGUCAUGAGUUUAGGUGAUGAGUUCUUAUAUUUAUCUUAUGUCUUCUGUAUGUAUUCUGUUUGGAUUUACUCUGAGUAACUCCACUAGGCAUCAGUGUUUUUUCCCUUUCCUUGUUUUGCCUGGUCAGGUGCUAGCACACUUGUGACGAUGGCUGGGUGAGAACAGACACUCCUGUGGGGAACAUUUGACUCUUUCCUGGGCAGGGUGGCUGGUUAAUAUCAAGGGCUUGACUUUUUUGUUCAUGUAAGUAAUUCAGACACUGUCAGUAAUAGCGCUAACCAGUAAUAUAGCAAAACCCAGCCUUCUGGUGUUCACGUUAUUCUGGUCUGAACUCUUCUUUGAGAGGCUGAUUGACGCCUUCCCACUUAACUUGCACAUGACUUCUCAUAUACCUUUCUCGAGAUACAAGUAUCUCACUAGGAGAGAAGAAACAGGGCAUAUAUGGUUUCCACUAAUUAAUGGAUUACUGUUCUUCCUUAGCUCUUCCUGACUUGUUUCUUUAAUCAUAUCUCAAAAGGAAAAACGUGUUAAGGAUUAAAUAUUUAGAGUGGGUCUGUGCUACCACCGAAUUAAGAUGAGGCAGUUUCAGAUGGGAAGCAAACCCUCUUGGAAUAUUUGGUUCUGUACAUGCACGUUUUUUUGGAACCUCAAAGAAUUCAUGAGCCAUUACAUUUGCCUUAGCUUAUAGCUUAAUAUGGGGAAAAUAUUGCCAGCUUUUUCAGUCUUUCUGUGCAUGCUGCUGUAGCAAGAGGUUUAUAAAGGUUGAGAAAAAAUAUUGCUACUUCUACGACUCUACCCUCUGCAGCACCAUCCCUAGCCCUGCCGUUUAUCGGGGCUGUCCUUAAGCCAGGCACCACGUUGCUAUACAAGCUUGUUGUUGGUCUCCCCAGAGACGGAUUGUUUAACGAACGAGAGGCUCUGUAUUCCACAGGGAUGAGCCAAAGAACACGUGUGGGGAUGUUAGCUGAGUCUGUGGUUUACUGUACAGUGAUGCCCUAUCUCUGGCCCAGAAUCAAGCAUUCAUUUGGAAUUAACAUUGGAGCUGAUAAAAUUAAUUCCUUUCCAUAUAGGUUUGAGAUCAGAGAGAGGGCAGUAAUGUCAAAGACAGCACACGUGGCCUGAAAUCUCUGCUUGUAGUCUCUUGAGUGCCAGAUGUAUAGCCAAAUCUGAUUGUCUAGUGGUUGAUAAUGAAAUUCAUAGAAGUGUUAAUAUAGUCAGCAAUUUUGGCCUCUUGCCAGAUAUUUAACAAUCAAAAUGUGAUGUGCUGACGAUGAAGAGCACCCAGGAGACCAGCCAUUUGGCGGAAUUAGGAAUGAUACCACUUUUAUAACCACCACCCCUAACGGGGUUACCGGGAUGGGGCAACUCACUCAGAUGAGGACUCCCUGUGUAUUAUUCUGGCUUGGAGUUAAGGUGCUUGUUUGAAGUUCCUUGAGAACUUCAUGAUUGGCAGCUUACAGAAGAAAGCUCAAGACUUUGAAAAGCUCAGUGGAUUUGUAGACGUAAAAGCCUAUUGAAGUAUUUGCACCAAAAAGAGCAGCAAACAAGAGGCAAUCUGUGAGCUGUUUCUGUAGACUUGGGGACUUCCUUGGUCGGUACUCCUGGACUUUUAAGCCUUUGUAUGAUCUGGAACUGUUAGAGGGAUUUUUGUCCUUUCAGAGGACAAGGCCUCUGAACGAGUGAGUCCCAGAGACACAUGGGGUGAUGGUGGCCGUGGGGAAUUGCCCUCCAGACCUAUAACCAGCAGUGUCUUGGCCAUAGGAGCAGCACCCCCAACAUAUUUCAAAAAAGUGGGUUCCCUCCUUUCACCCCGCAUCCUCAGCCUCUGUUAAUAAACAUACUGGAUGUGGAGUUCAGUAAAUGAUCUACUAUAUUCUGACCACUUACAUUACUCUCAGGCCAUGUACUAUUCCUGGGGAAGAGAAAUGAGUCCAUUUGGAAGAUCUGAGGUUCAAAUAGUUAAGGAUCAGGAUUGCACAAAGGAAGAAAAUCCUUCAAUAUUUAGAAAUGUUAUGAUGCUCAAAGAGUACUUUGUGGCUCCAGCUGGGCCCAUCUGAAGUGAACUGACCAUUAACAGCACCUCUUUGAUAGGUAUCUUGAUGCUGCUGAAGUCAAGCCAUAAGUGUGUUUUAGGGCCCUGGGCUGCUCAUGUCAGGCACCUGUGUGUCUGUGUUUACGAGACUGUCAGUAUCUGCUUCCCAAGUACUGGUGGCUUCCUUUGGUGGAUGAAGUCAUGUUGUCUUCCACUGCACCAUCUGCCUAGCAGAAAGACUGCUACAAACUUUCUCUUAUGCAAUGGUCCUUGGUAUUUCUAAAAUUUUUAGCAAGAGAAAAUCUUCUAUACUAGAAUCUUCCACUGCCAGAAAACACAAUGCUGGUAAGGUUCUCUGUAAUAGUGACCAUCUGCUUAAUAGACUAUUUCCUUUGGGUAGGACACUAGCUUUUUAUUAUAAAACAAUUAAUAGAAGCAAAAAUAAGAGUAUCUAGAAGCACAGUUUUAACCAGGAUGUUGAAAAAUUAAUGUUUCGUGAGGUUUAAGGAUCUCUUUAAAUUAGGUAGGUUUAUACUGACAGCUUCAUUUUAGCCACAUUUUGGUACACUGCGUUUUAAAAAGGAGAAUUUUCUCAAAGAAGAAAUGCAUAAUGGAGACUUUUGUUUGAGGCGCCUGUUUGGAAUCUGGCUUUCUCAGCAGCAGCUUGGCGGGUGUGCCAUUUAGUCUGAGACAUUGCAAAGGUGAUGCGGGGCGAGAGUGAGCUGUGCUUCACUGAAUGCGGAGUAAAAUUCGUUACGUUCUUGUGGAUACCUGUUGUGAUUCAUACAAACUUUUUUUGCAAAAUCAGCUACAUUUAGUCCUGUUUCUAAUGGACAAUUAUCCCCACUUCCCCAAGUGUUUCGUUGUAGUAGCAGCAGUAGGCCAAAGAUGGGAUAGUUCACGGAGACAAAUUCCUCAGAGGCUGUGACUAUUGCUGAGCUGGGCUUGUGACUUUUUACGACUGUAGCCUUCCUGAUGGCGCCUUUCACUUUUAGAAAAUUCAUUCUUUCAAAGCAGAGCUUUAAAACUAGAGCUAGUCUGUUUCAGUUAUCGAUGCAACUGAAACUCUGUUUCUUCAGACGACACCCCUGACCAGAUGCCACAUUACACAGCUGGCGGGCUCAGCUUGUCGUCCUGUGGUCUGAGUGAUGGUUUGAGUUGUUAGGGCUUCGGAGCCUUUUCAUUUGACCACAUUUCUGGGUCUGACAGACUAAAGGAAAGCCAGGAAAAUUUAUGGAAUAUUAAAUUCCGUGUUAGAGUUCAUAUUUAAUGUAACUGGCUCAGCACCAUUAAAGGGGAUUUCCGAAGCCAGCUCUGGAGGCCGUGGGCUGAACAUUUUGCACUGUUUUGUACUUGUGAUCAUAUCCUCUUAUCACCUCAGACUCAGACACAAGGCCUUUUAAAUGGAGAUUUAAAAAAUUACUGCCAUUUAUGUGAAAUAAUGUACUGUGACCAAGUUGUUUAAAUGGAAAAUAAAGUGCUUUCUUUAAGGAAAAG